AUGUCAUUGGAAAGGCGAUUUUUUGCCUUCGCUUCCCCUGUAGCCCCUGACCUGGUUAGGGAUUUGAAGACGUUCUUGCUCACACCUUCGCCUCAGCGGAACUGCAAACAGAUCCGCGUCUCCAUGGCGACGCGUCACAAAGCACCAGAGCGUGCCGCCUCAGCACCGGGUCCAGCUGGAGCUGGGGGCUCUUACAGAGCCUCUUUGGGCAAAGAAUGGCACUGCCUGGGUUGGAGACUCCAGAUACGUCCCAAUGUUGCUGCCAGAAAAUUUCAACUACUGGCCUGUGAUACCAACUGGGACUCCUAUGCCACCACGAUGAAGACUGAAUUCACACCCAAGACAGGAGCAGUGCCAGCCUUAAUUCGUCCAAAAAGUAUCAGAAGAUUAGGAUAUACAUACUCCCUUAGCGAUCCUAUUCCCAAUCAGACACAGUACAAUGAUGAGUAUGUUUGGAAAUCAUAUUCUAAAGAAGAUUUGAUCAAACCUGGGACUUCAAGAGGAAUCAAGAACCACAAAUCUCACUACAUUCAAGAUUGCUUUCUCUGGACACUACCUCGGGGUCAAUCGCCAUCAAUCAAGAACUACUUCCCUUGGAAAAUUGAUGCUUCAAUGGAAGAAGUUAAGAAGGCAAUAGCAAAUCAGUUUAUUUCCCACACUAAGAGAGACUUUGUGGACAGAGCAAAAGCUGAUAAGAUUAAGAAAAGUUCUCAGAUGUCCCCAGAGUGGAAAACAUUAAUUCCCCACCCAGCAGACACUGAAUUUCGACGGAAUUACCAAAUACCAGCUAAAAUUCCUGAGUUUCAGGAUUUUAGUUUCAGAUAUGGAUGCUACUCUGGCCUUCCAAAUAUUUCUCGGGGAUUAGUACCUUCUGUGCUCCUCAGCCACAUGAAGAAUGAGGAGCUCACAAAGAAGCAAACCACAUACCAAAGUGAUUAUGGGAAAGCCUAUCUGGAUUUCUUGACAAUUUUGAAAUCUUUCACUCCCUCUCAAAUCCAAGAGUACCUUCACAGUGUUUCCUACAAAGACAGACAAAUUCUUGAUCGUUUUAUUCGCUCUCACAGUGACAUUGACAGAGGGAUACAAUGA